CUUCCACCAAAGUCACUUGCAGUCACUGUUGUCCCUCUUGCUUUCUGUCUGGACCUGACCAGGGACCCCUGCAACUCAGCUUCCCCCCACGAAGACCCCGGAGAUCUCCAGACAACUGUUUCUCUACUCCUCCGCUCCCUUUGCGCCUCCGACAGCACAUGGGGCACUGACCCACCCUGCUCCAAGAUGCUGGUGGCCUCUCCCUCCACGCCGUCUGGAGGACGGACCCCCAGUGCCGUGGAGAGGCUGGAGGCCGACAAAGCCAAGUACGUCAAGACCCACCAGGUGAUAGUACGUCGCCAGGAGCCAGCCCUGCGCGGAGGCGGGUCGGGGCCGCUCACCCCGCACCCCUGCAACGAGCUGGGAUCCCCGGCCUCGCCCAGGACACCCGGGCCCGCCCGUCGGGGCAGCGGCCGACGGCCCCCGAGGCCCGACUCCCUCAUCUUCUACCGCCAGAAGCGGGACUGCAAGGCUUCGGUGGUGAACAAAGAGAACGCCAAGGGCCAGGGGCUGGUGAGGCGCCUCUUCCUGGGCGCCCCCCGGGACACUGCCCCGAGUCACCCGGCGCCCGCCGCCGACCGACCGGCCGCGGCUCCGCCCGAGGUCGCCGCGGAGGCGGCGGCGGCGGCGGCGGGGAAGCGGGCGCUGUGCCCGUCGUGCUCGCUGCCGCUGUCGGAGAAGGAGCGCUUCUUCAACUACUGCGGCCUGGAGCGCGCGCUGGUGGAGGUGCUGGGCGCCGAGCGCUUCUCCCCGCAGAGCUGGGGCGCCGACGCCAGCCCGCUGCCCGGAGCCCCGCCGCCGCCGCCGCCGCCACCCGGCUCCGGGGACACGAGCGACUGGACAUCGAGCGGCGGGGGCGCCGGGGACGGCGCGGGCGGCGGCGGCUCGGAGGCGGCGGGCUCGGCCCGCGAAGGGCGACCCCCGGUGUCGGUGGUGGAGCGCAACGCGCGCGUCAUCCAGUGGCUGUACGGAUGUCAGCGCGCACGCUGCCCGCCGCGGGAGUCCGAGGUGUGA